AGAUGGAUGAGUUUGUCCAGAAAAAACUUCAAGAGUGGAACCUGACUGAGUUUAUCCCAACAUUUGAAGCUCAACAGAUAGACAAAGAUAUUUUCUUUCUGCUGGAUGAAAACAGCUUGGCCUCCCUUAUCCCACUCAUUGGACCACGCCUCAAGUUUCUGCAUAACUUAAAAAAAAUAUUGGAGGUACGCCUUGCAUCACAGUACUGGACAUAAUGGGUUAUGUGUGCUUCAAGUGUAAAAAGUCUGCAGGCAAGAAUGUUAGGCAGUUUUUCAGCCACCUUAGGGUAAUGCACAAUGUAUACUCCGCAUCAACAUUUUUUCAGUGUGCUCAGCUUGGUUGUCAGCGUUCAUUUAACCAAAUAAGAUCAUUCAGGAGACAUUUGUUAGCUCAUGCUAUUGAGUUUGACAUUUCAACAGAGGGAGAAGGUUCUCCAGCUACUCAUCCUGAGAGAUCAGAAGAACCAGAGGGCAGUAUUUCUGAUGAGCUGGAAUGGGCCGACACAUCACAAGCAUGGGAUGACUUAGAGGAGGACAGCAUAAAAGACAGAGUUGCACUUUUCUUAGCUCGUCUAAAGUCUAAGCCCUCACAGACAUAUAGUGCCAUAAGAGAUGUUGUUGAACACACAUCCAGUCUUGUCAAAGAUGUAGUUGAUUCUUUGAAAAGAAAAACAACUUCUUUUUUAAGAGAUAUUGGACAGCCUGAAACUCCUGAAUGUGAAGAACUGCUACAGCAGUUUAAUUUAGCUGCUGUACCAUUCAAGGGCUUUGAGUCCGAAUACAAACAAAUGAAGUACUUCACGGGUUCUCAAUACUUUGUGCAGCCAGAGGCAGUACCUCUCCCUGGCUUUUCCUACACACAGAUAACUACCAAGGAUACAGGUACUGUAAAACAAGUGGCAAUUCAGGACACUUUCCAGGUAGUGCCCUUGAAACAAAUGCUGAAGCUCAUCUUGGAAAGUCCAGGCACAAUGGAAAAAAUCACUGAGUGGCGAAAACAGCAAAGCACUGCCCUUGAGGAUUUUAGAGAUGGUACAGCCUACCAGACGAACACACUUUUCUCAGAGGAGUUCUCUGUCCCGUUACUUCUUUACUGUGAUGAUUGUGAGAUGGUGAAUCCCCUCGGCUCAAAAACCUCAGUUCACAAGCUUGGGUUCAUCUACUACACUCUUAAGUGUUUGCCACCAGAGUAUCAUUCAAGUCUCAAGUCUCACUUUUUGUUGGCAGUUUACAAAACUGAUGACGUUAAGACAUAUGGCAUAAAUGCAAUUCUUGACCCAAUUGUGAAUAAAAUCAAGGAACUGGAAGAUGAGGGCAUACAGAUUAACACUAUUCCUUUCAAAGUGUGUGCCGAUGGUGUCGGGUACAAAGAGAGGUUCUAA